AUGACCCUCCUCCGCUCGUCUCUGCGGAGGCUCGGAACGGUUCGGGAUUCGUCUGUCCUAUGUUCAAGAUGCGUUAAUCGCAGUCGCCCACUGCUCCCCGCGGUCAACAAACUCGCUCCGAUCUCGCGAUUACAAUCCAGCAUUGCCGGACAAUCGCCUUCAGCAGCGGUUAAUAAGUCGUACUUUUCAUCACAUAAGGGCGAGAGUCACUUGACACCACAACCGGGGCUGUUUACCUCACUCUCUCCGAAAAAUACACCCAAUCAGCUGAACCGCGAAGAAUCAAUUUCUAGCACACCACCUACGGAGGCUACGCCGGAGCUGCCCCAUCGGCGAAGAAAGCGUUUAAAGGAAGCUUCAGCUCAGAACAACGGCGCUGAACCGGUCAUUCCGCCAGAUGCAUCUGCGCAAUUGUCGAAUUUCUCUUCAACACUCCCCCAGACCUCUCUCCGCCGCAAAUUGGCCGCCUUUUUGGCCCUCACCAAACCCCGUCUCUCAUUCUUGAUUCUGCUAUCGACGACUUCCGCUUACGGCAUAUACCCGAUAUCGUCCCUGCUUGCUCUCGAUCCAUCCAUUGCACCUCUUCCUACCCUCUCAACCUCCACCCUGACAUUUCUCUACUUGACGUCUGGGACGUUCCUGUCCUCCUGCAGCGCAAACACGUUGAACAUGGUCUUUGAACCAAAGUACGACGCUCAGAUGUCACGAACGCGCAAUAGGCCUCUAGUCCGCGGCCUCGUCUCCCGGCGUGCGGCCGUUCUUUUUGCCGUUGCGACAGCCGCUGUAGGAUUGGGCUUGCUAUACGUGGGAACUAACCCCACAGUAACGGGACUAUCUGCAGCAAAUAUCGCACUCUACGCAUUCGUGUACACGCCACUAAAGCGCAUACACGUGAUUAAUACCUGGGUGGGCGCUGUGGUGGGAGGUAUCCCCCCGCUGAUGGGUUGGGUUGCGGCGGCAGGGCAAGCAGCAACGACAGGGCAUGACACAUGGCGAGACAUGCUCUUUGGCGAAAACAGUCUUGGUGGAUGGCUUCUUGCGGGUAUUCUGUUCGCCUGGCAAUUCCCUCAUUUCAACGCGCUGUCCCAUACCAUUCGUGAGGAAUACAAAGGGGCUGGAUACAGGAUGAUGUGCUGGACAAAUCCGGCUCGAAACGCCCGUGUUGCCUUGCGGUAUUCAGUGCUCAUGUUUCCACUUUCCAUUGGCCUCUGGUGGAUUGGCGUUUUGGGGCAUGGUUUCUUAGUUAGCAGCACCGUUGCUAACGGCUGGCUGACGAAAGAGGCAUAUGGGUUCUGGAAGCACCAAGGCGCCAAUGGUACCGCGCGGGGUCUUUUUUGGGCUAGUAUCUGGCAGCUGCCAAUCCUUCUCGUUGGUGGUCUCGUGACGAAAAAGGGCCUCUGGGACGGUGUUUGGGGGAACCUCUUUGGCCAGCCGAUCGAAGACGAAGAUGACGAUUAUGUAUACUACGAAGAGGUCUCCUCUGGGAAAGCCAUCGACCAGAGCCCCAGCCGGUCGAGCCCCGCUGUCUAG